UUUCCUCUAAAAAUGGCUUGCGCAGAUGUUGAGUUUAGGUGUUUCGUCGGUGGCUUGGCCUGGGCCACCACCGAACGAACCCUUGAUGAGACUUUCGGUCAGCAUGGCGAGAUUCUCGAAUCGAAGAUUAUCAAUGAUCGUGAGACUGGUAGAUCCAGGGGAUUUGGCUUUGUCACCUUCAAGUACGAACAUUCCAUGAGGGACGCCAUCGAGGCUAUGAAUGGCCAGAGCCUAGACGGUCGUAACAUUACCAUUAAUGAAGCACAGUCUCGCGGAAGCGGAGGCGGAGGCGGAUAUUUCCGUGGUGGUCGCUGUGAGGGCGGAGGCGGAGGCGGAUACGGUCGACGGGAAGGUGGUUAUGGUGGAGGUUACGGUGGUGGCCGUGCCCGUGGAUAUGGUUGUGGCGACCGUAGCUAUGGUGGCGGUGACCGUGGAUAUGGCGGCAACGACCGCGAUUAUGGUGGUGGUUAUUCGAGGGGUGGUGGUGCUUCCGAUGGAAGCUGGAGGAAUUAAGUUGAUCUUCGAUUAGGCGACCAUCAGUCCAUCAUAUUAGUGGUGGUGUAGGUCUAAAUUUUAUAGAUAGUUCAUGUUUUUUAUCUUCAUAUUUUUAGAAUUAUAAUAUAUAUAUAUAUAGAUUGAAAAUUAAAUCAAGAA